CCCUCCUCCUCCUCCUCAGGCCGCAGGAUGUCGGCGGCGUCCAAGGUGGCGCUCGGGGUUUCCGCCAUAUUGACAGCGGGGACGGUGGCCGGGGUUCACCUCCGGCAGAAGCUGGAGAGGGAGAGACUGCGAGAAGGGGUUUACAGAGAUCUUGAACGACAGGAGCGCAAAAAGGAGAAUAUUCGGAUCCUGGAAGAACAGAUUAUUCUGACAAAGAAGCUGGAAGCAGAUCGACUUAAACAAAGUACCUUGGUUUCUGGCAGUCCUCAACAAACCGGAAAUCAGUAACCAGUUCAUUUUUCUAACGUGGAUUGAUGACUUUCGAUGUUUAAUUGAUGAAGAAUAUUUUCCCUGACAUAAUAAAAAUAAUUUAACAAAUUAA